CAAAACCAAACCUUCAAUUCGAUUUCCCAGCUGUCACUCCUUUUAUUAGUUUCUUUUUAUUUUGUUCUUCGUCUCCGGUCUAAAUCUUCCUUUCUCUUGCCAGUUCUUAUCGUGAUUCUUCAAACAUAAUCGAACAUUAGUUUCGUUCGGUUUUUUGAUGAGAUGGAAAAUACAGUUACUCCUCCUCCUGCGGUUAUUAAUACAUCCUCUCCGGAUUUGUUGAAGAACACUCCUUCCAACAUCGCCAGGUUAGAAGACGUAAUCGAGCAAUGCCGUGGCCGACAAAAGUAUCUCGCUCAGACCUCAAGUCCGUCUGAUGGCAGUGAUGUUCGUUGGUACUUCUGUAAAGUUCCUUUGGCUGAAAACGAGUUAGCUGCUUCAGUACCUGGCACUGAUGUAGUAGGAAAGAGUGAGUAUUUCCGUUUUGGUAUGAGGGAUUCUCUUGCCAUUGAGGCUUCUUUCCUCCAGAGAGAAGAUGAGUUGUUGUCACUCUGGUGGAGAGAGUAUGCAGAAUGUAGCCAAGGCCCUAUACCACAAGUUAGUCCUAAAACAAUACCGAAUAAGCAGUCAGUUGAAGCUUCUGUGUCCUCUAGUCUGUAUGCAGUUGAAGAGGAGAGAGUUGGUGUACCUGUUAAGGGUGGGCUAUAUGAGGUGGACUUGGUGAGGAGGCAUUGUUUUCCCGUGUACUGGAAUGGAGAUAACCGGCGUGUGCUUAGAGGCCAUUGGUUUGCUCGUAAAGGUGGCCUAGACUGGCUUCCCAUUCCAGAAACUGUUGCUGAACAGUUGGAGGCUUCAUAUCGUAACAAGGUUUGGCACAGAAGAAGGUUUCAACCAUCUGGGCUAUUUGCAGCUCGUGUCGAUUUGCAGGGUUCCAGUCUGGGACUUCAUGCCCUCUUUACCGGGGAGGAUAGUACUUGGGAAGCUUGGCUUAAUGUUGAUCCCUCUGGGUUCUCUGGCUUUGUUGGCUAUACUGGGAAUGGAAUUAAGUUGAGACGCGGUUAUGCUGGCUCCUACUCUCCUAAACCUACACAGGAAGAACUACGCCAACAAAAGGAGGAAGAAAUGGAUGACUAUUGUUCACAAGUCCCUGUUAGACAUCUUGUAUUCAUGGUUCAUGGUAUUGGCCAAAAAGGUGAAAAGUCUAAUCUUGUUGACGACGUUGGAAACUCCGUCAAAUAA